CGUGCUGUUUUGCGCAUGCGCGACUCAGACACGCGUGAAUACUUGCGGAAUAAAAUCGUAAAAAAAUUAAAAAUAAACAUGAAAAGCAGCUCGCGUUAUUUCGGGAAUGUGAGAAACGUCGUGUCAGGGAUUUCACACGCCGACACCGCGGAUAAAACCUCUUCAGCAGGAAGAGGAAUCCGGAGACUGACACGCAGGAUGACGGAGGAAACUUCUACCGGGAUUAAAGAAGAACCGGACGAGGAACGUGCCAUUUGUGACCUGCAGGGGGCGCCACAUGGACACAGUGGUUUACAGAAGUUGACCGUCACAGUAGAGCCCAAGGAAAAACCUGGGGAUGGCCACACCCCUCCACCACGCACCUUGAGGAGGGCCCACACAAAGAUCGAGUAUGAAGACGAGGCGGGGACCUGCAUCAAGAAAGAGCGCUGGGAGCCGCCUUUUUGGAGGAGGCAGCUGUCCUUCAUCAGGGAGAUGCGGCGUGGACGGGACGCUCCGGUGGACAGAAUGGGGGCAGAGAAGUGCUACGACCCCCAGGCUCCACCAGAGGUGAUGCGUUACCAGGUGUUGGUUUCUCUGAUGUUGUCUAGUCAGACGAAGGAUCAGGUGACGGCUGCAGCCAUGGAGCGACUGCGUGCAAACGACCUCAGCGUGACCUCCAUCCUCAACAUGGACAAGGACAAACUGGGCCAACUGAUCUACCCUGUUGGCUUCUGGAAGACUAAGGUGAAGUACCUGAAAGAGGCGACAGAGAUGAUCCACUGUGAGUACGGAGGCGACAUCCCCGACACGCUAGAGGGUUUAAUGCGUCUUCCUGGUGUCGGCCCUAAGAUGGCGCACCUGGCCAUGGCCAUUGCCUGGAAACGGGUCUCAGGAAUCGGAGUGGACACGCACGUUCACCGGAUCUCUAACAGACUGGGAUGGACUUCGAGCUCCACCAAGAACCCGGAGGAAACCCGUCGAGCGCUGGAGGAGUGGCUCCCGAGGGAUCUGUGGUGUGAGAUAAACUGGUUGUUGGUGGGAUUUGGUCAGCAGGUCUGUUUACCCGUCUCACCUUUGUGCUCCAGCUGUUUGAACCAGCACAUCUGUCCCGCCGCUCACACCGCCUCGCCGACCCGCAGGCCCCAACCAGGCUCUCCCCCGUGUCCCGGGGAGCCUGCAGGGCUGCCGAAGAACCAUGACACGAAACCGAUCAAGGAGGAACACGUGACUGUCAUCACGUCUCAUCUACAAAGAGACAGGCACAGAGCGGCCCACGUGAAAGAGCGAGGAGACGAGUCGCAGGAAGAGGCUGAGGCAAGAGUGGAGACGACAAAAGUGACAUGUAGGGGACGGAGAAGGGACGAGGGGAAAGACGGAGAGAAGCGUGCGAGUCCUCAGAGACUGAGAAGAACCAGACAGAGAAAACGCUGAUGCAUGCUUUUAUUUAUAGACCCCUUUGUAUUACACCCCCCUUUUGGUGUGUGUGUAUACGGAGUAUAUAUUUUGGAGUAUAUGCGUUUGCUUCAGUUCAGUUCUCCUCUGAAAAGUGGAUGUUGAAAUAUCUUGGAAUAUUCUCACCACGUCUGCCACUUGAACUCAGAGAAGCGUUUAUGUAAAUCAGCACUUUCGGAAAGCUGGUACUUGUGAUGACUUUAUCCUCUGCAGCAGAGGUAGCUCUUGAUCUUUUUUCAUUUCCUGGGACGGUCCUCAUGAGAGCCUGUUUCAUUAUAGCGAUUAAGGGUUUUGAAGACUGCACUUAGAGAUUAAAAUGUAAAUUCUUGAGAAUUUUCGGAUUGAUUGACCUUUUAUAUUUUUUAAGUAAUGAUGAACUGUCUUUUUACUUAAGAGUUUCUUCUCUUCAUUUGGAUUCCUACAGUAGUUGUAGUAGAACUUAUAGGGCUAUUGACUCUUUACUCAUCUUUUUUGUGAAAUAUCACAAAGGAACUCAAGGCACACCUGUGAACUGAAAACCAUUCACGUGACGACGUCUUAAAUCUAAUGAGCGAAUGCGAUGACUUUGCCAAACUGUCAUCAAAGCUAAAUGUAGAUACUUUUGCCCAAUUUAAAAUUUAAAACAUAUUCUGGGUUGUUUAACAUGUUUUUGUUUUGUACAUAAUUCUAUAUGCUUUCUUUCAUAGUUUGCAUCUCUUCUGUAUUAAUGUACAAUGUUGAAUAUAUUUAAAAUAAAGAAAAAAAAACGUUGAAUUUUUAAUUUCAAGAAUAUGCAAAUAUAGUUCAAGAAGUGAAAUAUGAAUGCAAAUAUAAUUUCACCACAGGUUAUGUGUCGAUUCCUCAGGAUCAGAUGUUCCAUGUGCUGAAUUUAUUUUACAGUUGAACA